GAAUCUUUAAAACCGAAUAUCUCAGCUCCCGAACUUUCUAGACCCUUUUCCAGCACCUUCUAGUUUCUCCCACUCAUUCCCCUCAAAUACCGCCUAUUGUCCCCUCCAUCUUCACUCAGAUUAUGCUCUAUACACACUUUACUCCCAAACAAUCUUCUCUUGCAAUCUCAAUGGCAUCCUCACUUACACUCAAGCGCUUUCUCUCCUCCGCCCUCCUCUCUAAAUCUCUUCUUCGCCCAGUUGCUUCUUCCGCUUCCCGCUCUUUCAACACCAACGCCGUCAGCCAGUAUGAUGAUGAACGCAAUGUCGACGUUGAUCGUCGCUCUGAUCGCUCUUUUCCUCACAUUCGCCGCGAUGAUCUCUUCUCAGAUGUGUUCGAUACAUUUUCCCCAACUCGGAGUCUGAGCCAAGUCCUAAACAUGAUGGAUCAAUUAACGGACAAUCCAUUCCUCUCCGCUUCGCGUGGAAUCGGAGCCGGUGGAGUUCGACGCGGGUGGGAUGCUAAAGAAACAGAGGAUGCUCUGCUUCUCCGUCUGGAUAUGCCUGGACUCGGCAAGGAAGAUGUGAAGAUCUCUGUGGAACAGAACACUCUAACUAUUAAAGGUAAAAGUGCAAAAGAAAGUGAUGAGGAGGAAGAAAGUGUUCGUAGAUUCUCUAGUAGAAUUGAUUUGCCUGAGAAGCUUUACAAGAUUGAUAACAUUAAAGCUGAGAUGAAAAACGGUGUGCUUAAGGUUACUGUGCCUAAAAUUAAGGAAGAGGAAAGGAACGAUGUGAUUAAUGUUAACGUCGAGUAGAAUAAGCUCUUUUUGUUAGUCAUUUGUAUUGAGGAAUUUUGUUUUUCUCUUUGCAUUAGGUAAUAGAUCUAGGUUUUGAUGAUGACCGGUGUUGCUGUGUUAAUUUGUAAGACUUCAAGUGAAAAGUAAUUAAAUGAGCUUGUCGUUAAGAGCCUGCAACGUAAAUGUGAUAGUAGUAUUUCCUUUUCAGCCUGUUUUCUUUGGAAAUGUGUGAUGAAAUAAAUGCGUGAAGGCUACUAAGCAUUGAGCAAUGUGACAUGUAUAACACUUGUGGAAAAAAA